UUGUGACACAGCAGGAGACUUAGGUAGAAUACCAGAAGUUUCGUAUCUGAGUAGAGUCCAGCGGUGCUGAGAUUUAAACUGGACAGAUAGCGAGUCGCUCAUUGGAUAUAGUGGAAUAACGCUGGAUCAGCAAACGAAACGUUGGACGAAAGUUUCAGUUGAAAGAACACCGCCGUGUGACGCGCAUCCACGUAAAUCUCUUGAAAGUUGUUACGUUUUAACAUCACGGGAGGAAUGAUAUACUCCUGGCAAUUCUGACAGCACUGGUACGCAAUAACAAUUUUAGUCUAAUAAAUUUAUUAUUCAAGCUCCUAAAGAUCACAUAUUUUUGAGACAAUUAAUCUACGCGAUAUUUCGAUUAAAAAAAAAAAAUCAGAGACUCGAAUCAAAUAACUCGGAAUCGAUAAAACAAACUUUGAGUUGAGACAUAUAUCGUGCUUACAAUGAACAGUCCCGCGCUAUGGAUCGAUAAUGAGAUCGACAAGCACAUUGCAAAUCGAUUGAAAAUCACAGAUGCACGCCUAUCCGAAAGUAAUUUAAAUGAGAAAAAAGUGCCGUUCAUUUUGCAUAACAUGACAAAAUUUGUGAAAUUCUCUGAUAAAAAUGAUAAAUCAAUCGAUGAAAACAAAAUCACAGAAAAACGUACAAGUGAGACUAUACUUAACACGCUGUUCGAAGAAGAUAAACAUUAUGAUAAAAAAAAUAAUUGUUUUAAUUGUAAUGAGAAUCCUGGUGUCGUACAAAACUUUAAGUUUGAAGUUCCGAAUCACUUUUCGAUUGGAUCGCGUAACACAUUGUAUCCUUCGAGACAAUUUAGGAAAACUAACAGCUUGCCGGAUAUUGACGAGAGAAGCGAAUAUUCCGUGAGCAAUAAACAAAGUAACUUUUGCCAACACGGUUACAAAAACGGUUGUACAGCGACAUUUGUGCCGCCUGAAGAAAUCAGCUUGGAAAUUUUCAAGAGAAAUUGUUUGAAAAAAAUCGAAAUCCUACAGCAAUGGGAGGUCGAACUAACGGAACGGGAAAUAAACGUACAAAAGAAAGAGAAAGAAGUUUUUAUGAUGCAGAAGGAGCUGAGAAUCGCAGCAAGGAUUCUGAAUGAAAAACUAAAGCAGGUAGACCAAUAUUUAAAAUAUCAAAGAAAUAUGCAAGUCAUUGAUAGAAAACUGAUGGUAGCACAAGUAUUAUCUGGUAAAGUACAGAAAUAUGACGAGCUUAAAAUAUCAAAAGAACAUCAAUAUCAGUCCAAGGAAUCUGAUGAGUUCAAAAGACCUUGCGUGCAUAAAAUAUCGGAUGAAACAUUGGAUGAACAUCUAUAUGAAGCUGACGAAUUUGAUGGGAUUAAUAUAUUUGACGAGAUUAAAAAAUUUAACGAGUUAAUGAAACUUGAUGACAUCAGAAGAUCAAACGAGGCUAAAAAGUCUGACGAGUAUAAAUCUGACAAAAUUAAGAAAUCUUGCGCGCAUAAGAUAUCAGGCGAGCAUCCGCAUGAGCAUCAAGCUGAGAAUCCUGACGAAAUCAAAUCUGGCGAGAUCAAUAAAUUAGACGAGAUAAAACAAUGUAACGAUUUCAUGAAACGUGAUGAGGUCAGAAGAUCCAACGAGAUCAAGAAGUCUGACGAGUGUGAAAAAUUUGACGGUGAGCUUAAAAAAUCUGAUGAUUUUAAGACUAAUAAUGAAUCUGCGAAAAUAGAAAAGUGGAGAAAUCCUCAAUCUCUUAUUGACACAUAUGAGGAAAAAGGAUCUGAUAUAAAAAUAAGACGUUCAAGGGCACAUUCAUCGUCCAGACAAUCUUGCCUAUCAAUCGCAAAUUCCAGAGUUCGUACAUACUCUAGCUUGAGAUACAAAGAACGGCCUAAGAUUUCCUACGACGACCUGAAUUCAACCUUAUCAGCUGAUCCCGGUGAUUCGUCCUUUGUGCGGACAUCGGAACAAUUUCUCCCACACGUUUACAAAAAGCCAAAUGCGUUCGCGAGAUCGACGAGUGUACGGUGUACCAAACUGAAAGAUAAUGCGAUCGCUUCGAAAUCGCAAGAAACAAUCGACGUCGAAGAAAAACUCGAGUAUAAUAUAGAUGAAGAGAAAGUUCUGCGGCGAUUCAGCGAGAAUAUACAAGUUUCGCAGGAUAAGAACACAAAGUUCCAGCAUUAUGGACUUGUGAAUCAAACACCGAGAAAUAUUCAAGCGGAAUGCGAUUCUCACAACCAAGGAGUAUUUUCUUAUCUCAAUCUGGAAGUUGACGACAAACACAUCCGUAAACCAGACAGUAUUCCUACAACCAGACCAAAUUCCUGUAAUAUAGAAAUGGACGAGUGGUUGCAAAAGAAGCGUUUAGCAUAUACUUUAGCAACAACAAAACCAUCAGACAACAAAGAAAAUCUCGAGUGCAAUAUUGUCAAAGGAAAAAGCAAGAAAAGCUCGAAGAAAAAAAUAUUCAAGAAUAUAUUUCGUUAACAUGUUUACAUUAUUGUUA